AUGGUAAAGUAUCAUCAUUCUAUUCUGGGGUUAGGUAAAUUUGUAGUAGUUUGCUUCAAUAACAUUUUGGUAUAUAUUAAAGACUUUGAUGAGCAUAUAAAGCAUUUAAGAUACUUUAGCACAAUUGCCACACCAUUCAUGGAAGUUGUCGAAAAAGGUCUCGAAUUUCAAUGGGGCGUUGACAAAGAGCAUGCAUUUAACACUAUUAAUGAUAUGUUAUGUAAAACACUAGUUUUAGCACUUCCUAAUUUUGACAAAACUUUUGAUAUUGAAUGUGAUGCCUCAGGUAUAUGUAUUGGUGUUGUUUUAAUGCAUAAUAAAAAGUUGAUAGCUUACUUUAGUGAAAAGCUAAGUGGAGCAACUCUCAGUUAUCAUACAAAUGACAAGAAAUUGUAUGCACUUGCUCGAGCGUUGGCACAUGACAGUACUAUCUAUGGCCAAAGAAGUUCAAUGAGUCUUUAA